AGUCGCUUGGUUCGAACGAGUAGCAUCAAGAUGGCAUUUGUCGGCGCGAUUGACCAGGGCACGACGAGCUCGCGCUUCAUCCUCUUUGACCACCAAGGCAACAUUGCUGCGUCGCACCAGAUGGAGCACAACCAGAUCUACCCGCACCCGGGCUGGUGCCAGCACGACGUCGAGGAGAUUUGGACCAACGUCAACACGUGCAUCAAGCAGACGCUCAUGAAGGCGGGCAACCCGAGCGUCGCGGCCGUCGGUAUCACCAACCAGCGCGAGACCUCGGUCAUCUGGAACCGCCACACGGGCGCCGCCUACCACGACGCGCUCGUCUGGCACGACAUGCGUACCGCCGACAUUGUGCACCAUCUGACGCACGACCACACGAUCAACCGGUUCCGCGCCAUCACGGGCCUCCCGGUCGCCACGUACUUUUCGGCGGUCAAGAUCAUGUGGCUGCUCGAGAACGUCGAGGGCCUCCGCGCGGCCGCCGAAGCCGGCGAUGCGAUCUUUGGCACGAUCGACACGUACCUCCUCUGGAAGCUCACGAACGGCAAGGUGCACGCGACCGACGUCUCGAACGCGUCGCGCACCAACUUGAUGUCGCUCGAGACGCAGCAGUGGGACCAGGGUCUCCUCGAUCUCCUCAACAUCCCGCGCGGGAUGCUGCCGGAAAUUCGGUCGUCGUCGGAGGUCUACGGCCUCGGCGCCGAAGACGGCACGCUCCCCAACGUCCCAAUUGCUGGUAUGCUUGGCGACCAACAGGCUGCGCUCUUUGGCCAGACGUGCUUCGAGGCGGGCCAGGCCAAGAACACAUUUGGCACCGGCUGCUUCUUCAUGAUGAACACGGGCACCAAGAUCAUUCCGUCGAGCAAGGGCCUGUUGACGACGGUGGGCUACAAGCUCGGGUCCGAGCCGACCGUGUUUGCUCUCGAGGGCUCGGUCGCUGUCGCCGGCCAAGUCGUCCAGUGGCUCCGUGACAACCUCAAGAUCAUUUCCAAGGCCUCGGAGAUCGAGGACCUUGCCAACUCGGUCGAGGACAACGGCGGCGUCUACUUUGUGCCGGCCUUCUCGGGCCUCUUUGCGCCCUACUGGCGCGAUGACGCGCGCGGUGUCAUCUGCGGGCUCACGGGCUACGCGACGCGCGAGCAUCUCGCGCGGGCUGCGCUUGAAGCCGUGGCCUUCCAGGUCAUGGACGUCGUCCACGCGAUGCAGGAGGAAGCCAACAUGAAGCUCACGUCGCUCCGUGUCGACGGCGGCAUGACGGUCAACAAGACGCUCAUGCAGAUCCAGUCCGACCUCCUUGACGCCAAGGUCAUUUGCCCGCGCGUGGCCGAGACGACGGCGCUCGGUGCCGCGUACGCCGCGGGUCUUGCCGUUGGCUACUGGAAGACGGUCGACGAGCUCCGCGUCAACUGGCAGGUGGCAGGCCAGUGGGAGCCGGCGAUGGCGCCCGAGGCCCGUGACAAGGUCGUCAAGCAGUGGAAGAAGGCGAUCGAGCGCACGUUGAACUGGGAAGAGUCGGACGAGUAAGCGCGUAGUACAGUAGAGUAGUGUGUGGCGGCUAUAUGCACGUCAUUGUAUAGCGUUGAAAGGCAUGUGCCAAUGCAACAAUCAGUGUUUUUGCGAAAUG